AAAACACCUCAAAUUCAGCCCCAUCUGCAAGGACGUGCUGACAGCUCACCUGGUGCAGCUGAUCCCGAUCCUGGUGCACGGGAUGAGAUACUCGGAGAUCGACAUCAUCCUGCUCAAGGGCGACGUGGAGGAGGACGAGGCGGUGCCGGACAGCGAGCAGGACAUCAAGCCGCGGUUCCACAAGUCGCGCACGGUGACGUUGGCGCACGAGGAGCAGCGGGGGGGGGACGGCGACGGGGACGGCGACGACGAGGACGACGACGAGACCCUGUCGGACUGGAACCUGCGUAAGUGCUCGGCCGCCGCCCUGGACGUCCUGGCCAACGUGUUCCGCGAGGAGCUGCUGCCCCACCUGCUGCCCCUGCUCAAGGAGCUGCUCUUCCACCUCGAGUGGGUGGUCAAGGAGUCGGGGAUCCUGGUCCUGGGGGCCAUCGCCGAAGGCUGCAUGCAGGGCAUGGUGCCCUACCUGCCCGAGCUGGUGCCGCACCUGAUCCGGUGCCUGGCGGACAGGAAGGCGCUGGUGAGGUCCAUCGCCUGCUGGACCCUGAGCCGUUACGCUCACUGGGUGGUGGCGCAGCCCCCCGAGCUCUACCUGAAGCCCCUCAUGACCGAGCUGCUCCAGCGCAUCCUCGACAGCAACAAGCGCGUGCAGGAGGCGGCCUGCAGUGCUUUCGCCACGCUGGAGGAGGAGGCCUGCACGGAGCUGGUGCCCUACCUGAGCUUCAUCCUGGACACGCUGGUCUUCGCCUUCGGGAAGUACCAGCACAAGAACCUGCUCAUCCUCUACGACGCCAUCGGCACCUUGGCCGACUCCGUGGGCCACCACCUCAACCAGCCGGAGUACAUCCAGAAGUUGAUGCCGCCGCUCAUCCAGAAGUGGAACGAGCUCAAGGAUGAGGACAAGGACCUUUUCCCGCUGCUGGAGUGCCUGUCCUCGGUGGCCACGGCCCUGCAGAGCGGGUUCCUGCCCUACUGCGAGCCCGUGUACCAGCGCUGCGUCACCCUGGUCCAGAAAACCCUGGCCCAGGCCAUGAUGUACAACCAGCACCCCGAGCAAUACGAAGCCCCCGACAAGGAUUUCAUGAUCGUGGCCCUGGACCUGCUGAGCGGCCUCGCCGAGGGGCUCGGUGGCCACGUGGAGCAGCUGGUGGCCCGUUCCAACAUCAUGACGCUGCUUUUCCAGUGCAUGCAGGACACGAUGCCCGAGGUGCGGCAAAGCUCCUUCGCCCUCCUGGGCGACCUCACCAAGGCCUGUUUCGUGCACGUCAAGCCCUGUAUCGCUGAAUUCAUGCCCAUCCUGGGCACCAACCUGAACCCCGAGUUCAUCUCCGUCUGCAACAACGCGACCUGGGCCAUCGGGGAGAUCUGCAUGCAGAUGGGAGCAGAAAUGCAACCCUACGUGCAGAUGGUCCUCACCAACCUCGUGGAGAUCAUCAACCGCCCCAACACCCCCAAAACCCUGCUGGAGAACACGGCCAUCACCAUCGGGCGCCUCGGCUUCGUGUGCCCUCAGGAGGUGGCCCCGAUGCUGCAGCAGUUUAUUCGGCCCUGGUGCACGUCGCUCCGGAACAUCCGCGACAACGAGGAGAAGGACUCGGCCUUCCGGGGGAUCUGUGUCAUGAUCGGGGUGAACCCGGGGGGGGUUGUGCAGGAUUUCAUCUUCUUCUGCGACGCCGUCGCGUCCUGGGUGAGCCCCAAGGACGACCUGAGGGACAUGUUUUACAAGAUCCUGCACGGCUUCAAGGCCCAGGUGGGCGAGGAGAACUGGCAGCAGUUUUCGGAGCAGUUCCCCCCCCUCCUCAAGGAGCGACUGGCGGCGUUUUACGGGGUCUGAGCCAGGGGGUGACCCCUCAAACAGGUCGGCGCCAGGACCCCGAAGGGGACGCGGCCGAGGGACCCCGGGGGGGGGCGGGAGUGGGGUCCCCCCCCCCUGCCACGGCCCCCGGGGAGGGUCCCGGGGGGGUCCUGAGAGUGGUGUGACCCCCCCCCCAGGGGAGGAUAAAGGGAGGGGGGCUGCGGGUGGGGCCGCAGGGGGUGGGGUGGGCCCGUGGCAGGGGGGAGCCCUAAAACCUCGUGGGGGGGGCCCUAAAACCCUUGGGAGGGUCAAAAAUCGGGGAUAAAGGGUCCCAAAACCCGGGGAGGGGGCCCUAAAACUUCAGGGGGGGGCUCCAAACCCUGGGGGGGACCCUCAAACCAUUGGGAGGGUCCAAAAAGGGGGGGGGGUCCCUGUUUCCGUUGGGGGGGGGGGCCCAAAACCCUGCUGGGAGAAACAAAAAUCGGGGCUGAAGGGUCCCAAAAUUCUGAGAGGGACUCCCCAAAACCUUGGGGAGGGGUCCCAAAACCCUGGUGGGGGGGUACGCCCCAAACCUUAGGGAGGCCCCAAAACUCUUGGGAGGGUCAAAAAUCGGGGCUGAAGGGUCCAAAAAGGGGGGGGUCCCAGUUUCCCUGGGGGAGGGGGGGCCCAAAAACCCUUGGGAGGGUCAAAAACUGGGGCUGAAGGGUCCCAAAAUCCUGGGAAGGGGGGGGGAACGGGGCCCCAAAAACCCUGGAGGGAGGGGGCAAAAAUCGGGGCUGAAGGGUCCCGUUGAGGUGGGGUCGGUUCCUCUGUGUCCCCCCGCCGUGUUCCCGUGUGUCCCCCCCCCGCAUGGAGCCCCCGCCCCACCCCCCGACACGUCCAUAGCAACACGUGGAGAGCCCCGUGCUUGGGGGGACGGAGGGAGGGGGCGCGGGGGGGGCCGGGCGGCCGCCGUUGUGCUUCGUCGUGAGCGAGUCGGUGCCACGUGUUUGAUUUUGCCCGUUUUGUUCCGUUUUUUACCGUUUACAGGGCGGGGGAGGGGGGGGGGGAGGAGGGGGGAUAUGGGGGGAACGGGGCGAGGUUGUGUCGCGCGGGGCGGCACAAAAAAAGGCCGUUGGUGACCGUG